ACGAGUUUAAAGGACGGACAGCAUGGCCGGUAAAUGUGGGGACUCGUAGCUCGCUGCGGCUGGUUUGUUGUUUUUGUUGUUUUUGUUGUUUUUUUAGUUAUUUAUUAAUAAACAGUGAAAUAUUUAAACGCUGGAGCUGCUGUACGUGUUUACAGAGUGUUUUAUUUCCCGUUAAUAAACGGUUAACACCGUGUCCGAGGCUUCCUAACAGCGUCAUGGCUCUGCUCGGAGACUUUAACUCGACACCUACAGAAGAAGAAGUUCGGUCCAAAGACGAGACUGACCCGAGCCAACCCGGGAUAAAGACUCGAGCUUUGACCCGGGAGGAGCUGGUGUCCGAGUUCAAGCAGCUGAAGCUGGAGAGAGAAGCUCAGAAGAACUGGGACCUGUUCUACAAGAGGAACUCCACCAACUUCUUCAAGGACAGACACUGGACCACCAGAGAGUUUGAGGAGCUCCGAGCCUGCAGACAGUUUGAGUCCCAGCGGCUGGUGCUGCUGGAGGCCGGCUGCGGCGUCGGAAACUGCAUCUUCCCUCUGCUGGAGGACGACCUCAACAUCUUCGUUUACGCCUGUGACUUCUCACCGCGAGCUGUCGAAUUCGUCAAACAAAACCCUCUGUACUGCCCCGAGCGCUGCUGUGCCUUCCAGUGUGAUUUAACUAAAGAUGAUCUGAGGGAGCACGUUCCCGAGAGCAGCGUGGACGUCAUCACCCUCAUCUUCGUCCUGUCGGCCGUCCACCCUGACAAGAUGAAGCUGGCUUUGCAGAACAUCAGCAGGGUCCUGAAGCCCGGCGGCAUCGUCCUGUUCAGGGAUUACGGCCUUCACGACCACGCCAUGCUCCGAUUUAAAGCUGGCAGCAAGCUGGGGGAGAACUUCUACGUCCGGCAAGACGGCACCAGGUCCUACUUCUUCUCUAAAGAGUUUCUGGCCGAGCUGUUUGAAGAGACGGGCCUUCAAUCUGUCGCCAACGACUACGUCCUGAGAGAGACUGUCAACAAGAAGGAGGGGCUUUGUGUUCCCAGAGUGUUCCUGCAGAGCAAAUUCACCAAGCCCAGCCAAUCACAGAGCUCCUGAUGUCACCUGGACCUGUGACUCGCAACUCGUAGAUCUCCAAAAGUGCCGAAAAGCUCGACUGAACUGUCCGGUCGAUCUCGGAAUUGGUAACUAAAUGUUAGAGAAGAGGAAUCAUGCUCCACGUGCUGCUGGAUUUCAGGGUGGAUUAAUAAUUCCUCCUUCCACCAAUCAGCUGCCGGCUUUCAUCUUCUGGCUCACUGAAGCUGCUCCGUCAGCAGCUGGUGAAGACAGUUCUUGUACAUGUGAAACUUUGGACAGAUGUUGACUCUCAGUGAACUUCUUUCAGUGGUUCAGAUCCGUUUAAACAUCAUUUCAUAGCCUUUGUCUACUUUGAUCAGUUUGCAGCAGCAACACAGAAGUUUCCCCUGUGAGCUCUCAAACGUGAACAAAGCAGUGUUUUCAUUAGGAUAUCACAGAGUCUUAUUAAGUUUUUUAAAUUUUGUAUAAAUUUGUCUACAUUAAAAGAAAUAAGUGCUCAAA